GGAAGAAAAAAGGCAGAAGAAAAAACAGAGCGAGAGAGAGAGAGAGGAGGAGGAGAAAAAGAACACCUUGGGACAUAAUGAAAAAUUGUUAAGUUUUUUCUGCUCCUUUCGCUGUUAAUUCGGAUCGGAAAAUCGAUGAUUGAACAUCGUGAAAAUUCCGUCCUUAUUGAUCCGCCGAAAGUUUACGAUAUUUAUUCUCGCGUGUGUAAAAUCUGUGCGUGACGUUUCGGAUGUGAGGCCAAAAGGGAAUUAACUGAAAAAUUGUCAAUUUCGAUGUUCGAUUUUUUCGUUGCAGGACACCCUCGAUGUCCGAAUGGGAUGUGUCAUCAGCAAAACUACCGAGUAAAUUUAACGACACGUAAUGAAUCAUAGGAUGAAAGUCCCUACGGGAAAACAGACGUAAAUAUUCAACCAUCGAAUAAGCGCAAUAACGCGUAAUACGACAAAACUCAUUUAUACGAGAAAUACAAAGAAGCAAAAACGCCAAAUCCGAAGACAACAAAACCUCAAAAAAUGCCACAGUGUUGUCACAGUCACAGAGAUCAAAUAUGGCUGACUUUUUUGACCGUUUGCAUUGCUUGCGCAGGCGCAGACAUUCUCGUUUUUUCGUCCAUAUCUAGGCAUCAAAUUGAAGCAGAAUUUAGGGAUGCUCCUGCCAGAUUUGGGGGCCUCAUACCCUCUGAAGGGAUCCAGGGGAUGGUCACUUACGCUGAUCCACCAACGGCGUGUCACGCGAUAGCCAGUCCUCCAAGCAACGCCACAUUUGAUGGCAAUUGGAUAGUCUUAAUAUCGCGGUACAAUUGCAGUUUUGAGGUUAAAAUCCGCAUGGCACAGCAGGCUGGAUUCGAUGCAGCAAUCGUGCACAACGUGAAUGACAGCGAAUUGAUUCCAAUGUCUGCUAAAGAUCCCAUGGGAAUAACAAUACCGUCAGUAUUUGUCAGUGACAUAUCCGGGCUCAUACUGAAACAAAAUUAUUUGUACAAUCACAUGUAUUUUGUCCUGAUCAACGACGAUCUUCCCUUCAACAUAAAUACCCAUUUGUUAUUGCCGUUCGCAAUCGUCGUCGGCAUAUGUUUCCUAGUCAUGGUUAUAUUCAUGGUCGUCAGAUGUAUCAAGGAUAGAAGACGACAACGUAGGCACAGGUUGCCGAAUUCAAGCUUGAAAAAAAUUCCCACGCACAAAUACACGAAAGGCGAUCCUUAUGAAACUUGCGCCAUUUGCCUCGACGAUUAUAUCGAGGGCGAAAAGUUGAGGGUUCUGCCCUGUGCCCAUGCCUACCACACAAAAUGUAUAGAUCCUUGGUUGACGAAAAAUCGACGAGUGUGUCCAGUGUGCAAACGGAAAGUGUUUGCAGCCAAUGAAAGAGUGGUAACGGACAGCGAGAGUGACUCUGAUGCGGAUGAUUCGACUCCGUUGAUCCGGGACGGUCACCAAGGUACGCAAGGCGGAACAUUCGCGCCGCAGCGUGAGAACCCUUUUACGAGGAGUGAGAAUCUGUUCUCGCGGAGCGAGAGGCCAAGAAGGAGUCAUCGGCGAGGUUCGAACGCGUCGAGUAACAGCGGAAACAGUAGCACGAGUAUCGCCGGAAUCACCGAUUCCUCCGAAUCCUCAAUCACGGAAAGUGGAAGUUCGCGAGUCGGCGGGACUUCGAGCGCUGGACUUUUCCUCAUAUCCGAUACCCACAGCAUUAACGGCGAACCUCCGAUUCUUGAACGUUCUGCGAGCAGUACAAAGCCCCACACGGUCAACAUGUACAGCGAGACGGAUGAGUUCCCAGCAGCGAUCGUUCACGUCGAGCCAUUGCAUAAUUCUUGGCACAGCGCCAUUUCGGCAACUUCGAGUGAACAAUUAUCUUCGACGACGGCCCCCGGCCCCGAGGAAGAAACGAAUGACCCGGUCGCUUGAGUUCAUAUUAAAAGAAUUAACAAAAUGAGUUUCCUGGUCCAUUUUUAAGGGGAAAACAAUCAUUUUGCCCUUUUUUUUACCAACACUCGGUAACGAAGAUAGCAGAUUUUUUAUCACAUUAUCGGGCGCGCGGUUUUUUUCUCUCAAUCAUUGACUGCACUCUUUUGACAAAAUAACUCAUUUUUUUGGCUCGAAACCAGCGUGUUUCUGGCUUCCAGAAAUUUUCCAGAAACUGACGGAAUUCUUUGUUUUAUUUUUUGAAAAUUCACACGAAACUUGUAAGAAAUCGCAGCAACGACGGUUGUAAAUAGACGAAUUUUUUUUUUUCAACUACAGUUUUUCGUAGGUUGUACAUCAAUUAUCUCGUUUUAAUGAUGCAUAUAUAUUUGCAAAUAUUAAUAUGCAUUGAAAAUAUCACGUGUAGAUAGAAUUAUUAUUUGAAACGAUUAUUAUGAGCUUUUUGUUCGUUUAUCUUUUCAUCGGAUAAGUUUUCUCAGAAGGUAAAACGAGAUUGACGAGAGACGAAGAAUUCAAAGGAGUUGGGCGAGCCCCCUGGUGCUUUUAUUCACGGGAAAAUCGAUGUUUUCUUUUUGUAAAACGCUCUUUUUAAUCGACGUAGCGAUGAACGCCUGCUCGAAAAACUGAUAAUCCAAUUGGAUCGGAUUCUGAUGAGAAAUAUUGGAAUCAAAGAAACCCAACAUAGCCGAGAACUUGCUUUCUCUUUUUCGAUAUCGAAUUAAAGUGUAGAAAUGUUUUUUUUUGUAUUAUUAACACUUGAAACUUGCGAGGCAGAUACAGAUAUGGAGGAAUAAAAGGAAAAAUUUUUAAACACCACUUGGUUGGCAAUCUAGCCUGUGAUAAAUAUUUAAAGAAGAAUAAAUAAAUAAUGUAAAUAAUAAGGAUUGUUGAUAUGUGAAUCAUCCAGCUUAAAUUGUAAGGAUUCCUUUGAAUGCAGGACACUGAAUUAUAAACAACAACAAUGAAGAAAUAAAGUUUCCAAAGUUACGCAAUAUA